UGUUGAUAGCGUGAAUAAUGGCAUUAUUAAUAUUAUUAUGGUUACAGAAUUAGGUACAAUAAUUCAACACAACGUAGUAGGUUAAUACUGUGCUUACUGUUGGGUUGCUUUACUGUAUACUGUGGCUGAUUUCCAUUGAUAAAGAGUAUCUAUAGCAAGAUACUACUGGUAGAUUGCAGUCAUGGUUCAUACUACAGAAAAUCCUUUUAAAUUCAGCACCCUGGGAACUAGCAAUAAUCAACAUCAAGUUAGAGGGCAAUAUCAUCCUCCACCAAUUCUUGAUAAGAAGAAAAUACCUAAACCAGUAAAGGUCUUGCUACAAAGGCAAAGCAAUCCAGCGAAACAUUGCUCUCGUCAUGCAACUACCCCCAAGUCACCAUUGCCUUCUACAGUUGAACAGGCUAGCACAAGUGCCAGUCAUGCAGAUAUUAUUCAUAGUGCAGAGAGGAUUACUGCAAGUUCACAGGAAGUUAAGCAGGAAAUAGCAGAAGAUGGGGAUGAUGAUGAUGAUAAUAGAGACACAUCGUUCUUCUCUAUGGACAGAACUGCUAAACUUACAUUGCUCAGCUUGGCGGUUGUUGACUUCACAGCAUAUCUUUCAAUGUCAAUUAUUGCACCCUUUUUUCCCAAAACAGCUAAUGAAAAAGGGAUGAGUGAUACAGUCUCUGGCUUUGUGUUUGGCAUUUAUGCUUUAGUUAUGUUUCUUGGAUGCCCCAUUAUUGGCAUGUUGUUACCGAGAAUAGGUCCAAAGUUUGUCUUCUUGUCUGGGAUGUUUGUUACUGGUAUUUGCAACGUUUUGUUUGGCUUGCUGGUUUAUGCACAUGAUGGCUUCGAGUUUACUGUGCUUUGCUUUAUUGUGCGAAUUUUUGAAGCACUUGGAGCUGCCGGCUUCACUACUGCAACAUAUGCCAUUAUCAUUGACAUCUAUCCGGACAACAUCGGGACUGUGUUUGGUGUGCUGGAGACUUUUGUGGGCCUCGGUAUGAUGGUUGGACCAGCGAUUGGUGGUGUUCUAUACAAAGUGGGAGGGUUUAUCCUGCCCUUCUCUGUUGUCGGAGGGUUCAUCAUCUUUGUGUGUUGGCCUCUAAACGCCUGGCUCUUGCCCUCUUAUGAUGAAAAGUGUAAUCCAGCACCUCCUAGUGAUAUGUUGAAACUGUUGAAGAUCCCAUCUGUGUUGCUUGUCUGUAUCAGCAUUUCUGCCGGUGCAGCUGUGUGGGGUUUUCUUGAUCCCAUCCUGGAGCCACAGCUGAGAAAAUUUGAUAUCGGACCAGAAUAUUUAGGAUUAAUAUUCAUGGUUAUAGCUACAUCAUAUGCCCUGUUCUCACCCGUGUGGGGGUAUGUAGCAGAUAGAAUGGAUAAUACUAAAGGUCUGAUCAUAGCAGGUCUACUAAUCAUGAUGGUGGCGCUAUUGUUUCUGGGGCCAUCACCACUGAUACCUUUUCUGCCAGAUACCUUGUGGCUAGUGAUAGCAUCUUUAGCAGUUCUUGGUAUGGCUAACAGCCUUGCACUUAUACCUACGUUUGAGAAUAUACUGGAUGCAGCAGAGAUUGCUGGGCUUGAGGAUAAUCUAUCUACAUAUGGCUUAUUAGCAGCACUGUGGGCGACAGCAUACUCAUUAGGGGAAUUUAUUGGUCCAACGGCAGGAGGAGCAUUAUAUGAGAGCAUAGGCUUUGAGUGGGGUACAACAGCAGUAGCGUGUUUUCUUCUAGUAUUGGCUGUAGUGUUCAUAGUGCUCUGCGUCACUGAGUGGGUACGGGAGAAGAGUAAAAAGGAACAGCAGCUACCAGUCGUAUCAGAGAAAACGCCCCUGUUAAAAAAAUGUGGGUCUGUUGGUGACCUCGCUUCUCACCAGCAGAAUGGAGCCAUCAUUAAAGAAAGUUGCCCAGAGUGUCAGUCAUUAAUUAGGACCUCGUCUCAUAGAAACAAGGAUUUACAUGCCCUUUCGGUGUAAUGUAAAGCGUUUCCAUUUCUUUCCUGUUCAAUGCCCAUACGCCAGAAAAUUUUAUUGGUUUUUGCAUUCUAUCAACGUCAAUAGCUAUAAUGUACGUACCAUUUUUUUUUAAAGAAUCUAUAGUGUUCAAAAUGUGGAAUUACAUUUUUAGUAAACUCUUCAUAUGUUAGUCCUAGAAAUCAUAUUAAAGUCUUCAUGUAUCACAUAACAGAAUUUGAUCAAGUGUUGUUUAGUAGAUUUUGCAAUAGCUAUUUUUUGAUGGUCAACAUUUUGCACAAAUGUAAUAAAUUAUGAUUAUUAUUGAAAAUCUGCGAACAAUAGGGUUUACAUGCAUGCUGUGUUUCCUCAGGAUUGUACUUUGUUCGCUGAUGCACACGAACUUAGAUACGAGUCAUAUGCCAUUAAAAUGGCGUUUUUAGCAAUGAGUGUAAUAUAAUUAGCUGUGGUUCUGCAAGUUCUUAGUUGUAGUCUUGGAGUGAGCUGUCACACUUCAUAUGCAUGCUCUCAGGAAUAUGUAAUAAAUGUGUAUAUUAUGUAUUCCUGCUUCCUUUGAUAUACGUCUUGGUUAAUUUAUAGCAAGCAACCCGUUUGUUACCUUUUUUUAUAAUAUCAAGAGCGUAUAAAGAAGGUAUAAAUAAAGUAUACCUUCUUUAUACGCUCUUGAUAAUAUCCCUUAUAUUUUCAUUUAUAUUUAUUCAUUUCAUUUAUUUCUUAUUCUUUUACUCGCAGAGUGUAGAAAGAGCGUAUGUAGGAAGAAACUGCGUGGAGGAUUAUUUUCCAGAAUUACUAGUGAAACAGUGUAAAAUAAAUUGAAUUGUGAUACCUUAUCAUGUUGGCAGGUAUAAAAUUUGUUGUGAAUUACCUGUGAAUCAGUAGUUAUUUUUUAAUUAUGAAAUGGAAUAUUCUAUGACGAUUAGUUAGUAGCUUAGACUGCACGACCUUUUGCUGCGAAUUAACAAAAUGAAUCCUCAAUCCUCGUGGGUUAAUUAUUGAACUGUAUAUCUGUAAAGGAAAACAAUUGGAAAAUAUUUUAUUAAACAAUUUGCAUUAAUAGAUUUU